AUGUUGGUGGCCGCGCCCUUUCAGGAGGCUGUGUCGCUAUAUCGUGACUCUGAAGGCCCCAUCACCUAUCGGCGGGAGAUUGAGAGUCUGGCACCGCAGCAGAUUCCGGUCUCUUUCCAUCCAAACUUUCGUUACCUACACACAGUCAGGGAUAUUUGUGCGCAUGCGUGGCAUAAUGGAAAAGAGACGCUUCCAGCCGUUGUUCUUGUCAAGUCGGCAGUGGGCCACCGAGACCAUCGGGAGACCAUUCGAGCUACCUGGAUGCGCGAGGUUUGUUUUUAAUUUUUUUAAAAUUUGUGUGCAUUAUCUUGUUCGGCUUAAUAUUUAUAGAUGUAGGCAGUAUGACAUUACCGUCAAGGAUAAGGGAGACUGGAAUGGCCAUUUCUGGCUUAUUAGCCAUCGUCAGCCUGUCAUACCCAACCCGAGGUGUGGAAAACCCGAGGUUCGAACUCCCGACCUAUUAGUUAGAAGUCCACGCUUCUAAAUACUGGGACGCGAGCACGUUUAGAGCCCGGUUAGAGGUGUGGACUCCCAACUAACAGGUCGCGUGUUCGAGCCUCGGGAGUUCCACCCAUGGGGGGUUGGGUCUGAUUGGCUGACGAAAUGACCGUUCCAGUCUCCCUUGUCCUUGUCGGUAAUACCAUUCUGCCUAUAUAUCAUGCGCUGCUGUGCGGCUGCUGGUUGUGCUCCAGAGAGAGCCCGUAAGGCACAACGGAACGAGUGAGUUCCGUAACAACAAUCGGUAAGCGUCCCCUACCAUUCAUAGAUAUUCUUUAAAUGGUUGUGGCGGCGGCGGCGGUGAUGGGGGAAUUUAUUAUGCCAACAAGGUUUUCUAAUUUAUCUCAGUGGCAUUUGAUCCCGGUCACUUCUGACGGGUCAUCCUGGAUCUACGCCUAGCUCCGUAUGCAUGCAUUUGAGCACGGUUCUGUCGGCCCGGUCAGUAUAUUUGUCAGUGAAAGCCCAGGAAGCGUCCACGUACUGUUAACACAUUACGAAUUUGUUGUUAUUAAGAAAGUUAAGGAUAUGGCAUGCGUCCUUCAGCAUACAGUGAGAUCCGCCUCAAAUAGGUCGAUAACCACACAGUCGCCCUGAUCAAAGCAAAAGAAUUGUGAGAUUCGUAUGGCUAGGUUAUUGCAUAUUUGUGCAGGCGAAACCCUUUUUUCACCGCGAAGCACGGUGCGUGGACAAACGGGGUAAUGCUUCCCAAGUAAUUCCACAAAAGCUGGCGAUGGUUUUGACGACAGUGGUGUCCUUGUCAGUAAGGCCUGCUUACUUUAAUUCGAAUUUGGCGUUAUGGCUGAUUUACCUGCAGUUGUUAUCGUAAUUCAUAGAUAGAUUUAGUGUACGUUUUUACGUUUAUAUUUUCUAUCAUGAUUUAUUGGCUCACCGUCCCCUGUUAUACAAAAUUCGAUGUCGUGAAAUUCAUUCAAUCAUCCAGAGUUUGCGUCUGCGACCCUGGCCGCAGGAAGUCCUCUUCGCCUUUGAUUUGCGGAUGGGCUCCUUUAGGUUUAGCGGUACGUGUGAACCAAUCUUAUGCUUGUGUCUACCACAAACCAUUCCGUGCUCCACACAUCAUUCGCACAAACUGGCUCCUAUAUUUCAGACUAUGGUAGAGGGACGCUCACCGAAGUGUGGCACACCCGAGGCUCGAAAUCGCGACCUGUUUGUUAGAAGCCCACGCCUCUAACCACUGCGCCACGAGCACGUUGCCCUGUCGGUAUUUGAUCGGGAAUAUACAAUGGUAGGGGACGCUCACCGAUCGUUCAUACGGAACUCACUCGUUCCGUUGGGCCUUACAGGCUCUCUCUCUCGAGCCCAACCAGCAGCCGCACAGCAGCGCAUGAUAUAGGCAGAAUGCUAUUACCGACAAAAACAUGGUAGACUGAAAUGGUCAUUUCUGGCUUAUUAGCCGUCGUCAGUCAGUCGCAUCCAACCCAGAAUUGUGGAACACCCGGGGCUCGUAUUCGCGACCUGUUUGUUAGAAGGCUAACACUUCUCAGCACUGAGCCAAGGGCUCGUUUCCCUGUCGGUUGCGAUCGGGUAUAUACAACGAGGCCGUGGCUCAGUGCCUAGAGGCGUUAGAAUUCUAACUUACAGUUUGCUAGUUCGAGCCCCAGGUGUUCUACACCUCGAGGUUGGGCAUUACUGGUUGACGAUGGCUAAUAAGCCAGAAAUGGCCAUUCCAUUCUCCUUUGUCUUUGUCGGUUAUAACGUUCUACCUUGAACUAUAUAUAUGAUUGACACGUCAAUGAACCUGUUGCCCAGUUGUUAGGCGCAAUGAACUACUAGCCAACAGGUCGGGGAACUAAAAUGGCUCGUCGUUAAUCGUGGCUUGGCAGAUAUCUAAUCUCCAAUUUAACUGGUUCCUCAAGAUUGACUAUGAGGUUGCAAUGGUUGCUUCUUAAUACUGCAGAACGGCGACUGACCGCAGCGUGAGGACGUUUCGUGUACAGUGUGCCAUCAACACGUGCUUACGGCACACGCAGAUCAGAGCUCUGAGCGGGCUCAUUCGCUGUGCCGCUUUCAAACCAACACUUCCGGUUGUGUCAUUCCAUUGCAACUCUACGUGUAUCGGAGGUGGGUUUGAGGUGAUUGCUUCAUGUCCCCAGCGCACAUUGUCGCUGUAAAACAGUGCGACAACUGCCUUGUGUUGAAUGGUGCUGUACUGUCAAUACAACGUUGACAGGUACGAAUGCACAAUCGCUCCCUUCUUCUUCUUCUUCUUCUUCUUCUUCUUCUUCUUCUUCUUCCUCCUCCUCCUCCUCCUCUUCUUCUUCUUCUCCUUCUUCUUCUUCUUCCACAGGGAGACGGAUUGGCGCUACAAUCUACAGAAGUUAACAUGGCUCAUGAAUCAUUAGGUCAAAUUUACAAAGUAUGCUCCGUUCUAGAAAGGCUUGCUCAAUUUCCACUUGUUCCACUAGCGCGCAGAUAAGUCUACCACUUGAUGCAAAUAACUCUUACUCGAAUACCGACCAGUUCAAUCUCUUAAAUAACUUUGCCAGCAUCUAACUGGCAGUUGUUUGAAGCUGUCCAGCCCCCGAUUUUAUGCAAGCGAUUACCUACCUAGAAGUAGUUUCUUGUUCGACAGCAUGACUAUGUCGAAGUAAAUGCGUAUAAACUCCUGGCACUUAUGGCAAAACCAUCUCAUCCUGGGUAAAGUUAUUUCGAUUAGGUGUGUUCGUGUGAUCUUUUGUGAGUCAAAUUUGAAACUUUUUUGGUUUCGCUGGAGGCCAUCCUCCAAGUCACCCUUCUCCUCCACUUGACAGCUGGUUUAAAUGCCGAAGUGUGUCGCACUUUGAAUGAGGUCAAGGUUAUUGUUCGCCAAAGGAUAGAAGCUCAACCCAGAGAGAGAGAAAGAGAGAAACUGCACUUCUGCCAGAGUCUGAAUUAGAGACAGCUUCUUCGGCUGUCGUAUGAAGUCCAGCCAGUUUAGCCAAUGUGCCGAACCUCCCGAUGUGGGCGAUUCGGUGAUGCAAAGCCUGGUUCGAUUGAUUUGUGGGAGUUCAGUCGCGUUUUGUUGAGCGUAGAAGUGACUGUAGACGUGUGCCCUAUCCUAUCACCAGUCCUUUUAGCCUAAUCUCGUUUUGGACCCCAGACGAUUUGAUGGCUCGGUGAGAUGAGGGGGGAGGGUAAGCUCGACGCAGCCUUAGUCUUAUUCUGUCGCACUUUGGAGGAGGGCAACGCCAUUGUCCACCAAAGGACAGAAGCUAAGGUCAGUGAGAGAGAGGCUUCACUUCUGCCGGAGUCAACAUUUGAUACGGCUUCUUUGGCUGUCGUAUGAAAUGCAGCCCGUUUAGCCGAUGAAUCCCCUACCCUCUGCCUUGGGGGAGAUUCGGUGGUGCAAAAACGUGCAUUUUAUGCCUAUGCGGGUCUGUACGACAGGUUAAAACCCGUGCCGCAUCUUAUCAACCGUUUUGAUCUAGCCUUGCAACCAAUUUACCCGACGAAACCUUGAAAUAUACUAACAUUGCGCAAUUUGAGUGAAUCGUUAUAUUCUAUAAUUCAAGUUCGAUUUAUACUGGAUAAUAUGCCACAUUACUGCUGAGCAAUCUUGCUAAGGAAUAUCUUUGGAUUUAUUUCCAGUUGAUUCUUAAUAUUUGCCUAUGUACACUGUAUUUUGAUGAGGGAUUUAUAAGACUUUCCUUCUGGGCGUACUGGUUAAGAAAUUGGUCAGAUGUGGUUGCGUAGCCCCGCUUGAAGUAAACUAAACACAGCCACCUGAAUUACGGGACCGGUGGUAAUAGGGCUCUUUACAGGUGCAGCCGGGAAACGCAGAGACGAUGAGGUAAAGUAGUUGUAUGCGAAAGGAAAGCUAUAGGAAAUGCGCGGUUGUAGUCUGAGCGGUUGAGAAAUAGUUGCCCUAAUUCCUGACCCUAACCCCUAAUCUCAAAUUCAAAGUCUCACUCUAACCCCUAACUUUAACCUCCAACCGUAAUCCCUAAUCCGAACAGUAUUGUGUCCAUCAGGUGGGGCUACAUAAUCACAUCUUAACAGGAAAUUUUGUCGAUCAUGGGGGAACACUGAAAGUACUGUAUAAUGUGACUUUUCAAAAUGCAGUUAUUUUUGCACACUUUACCUACAGUCCAUGGUUAAGUCAUACGUUGAUUUUCGACCUCGGCGACACUCAGAACAUGCAGCAAAUCGUAAAAACUCCUAUAGGUUUUUAAAACCCCUCUAGUUUAUAGCUACAAUUGUUGUGUUGAAGUUCUAUGGUCCCGUAUGAGAAUUUUCGCGGGAGUGGUGCGAUCAUAUUAACGCAAUUUUGUCAAACAAUAUGCCCUAGGAGUCUACACUCCCAUAACCUUCGUCUUCAUAAAAAUUUUCCAGACUCGCAUGCAAGCGAUGAUACCCAGUAGGAAUUAACAGGUACAAUGUGUGGUGUGUGUGUGUGUGUGUGCGUGUGGUUCCCUUGAACUGCAGAAGCUUCCCUGCUGCCUAUUGUCUGCAGCGUCGAAGUGCCUGCGGCUUAUUCGAAGUUGGGAAUAUGUUUGCCUUAAUCAUGGAGUAAUGUUUUCCACCUUUUUGUUUGUGAUUAGAUGAGUGAACUCAAUAUACCCGUCGUCUUCCUCCUUGGUGCAUACAAACAUGGAAACAACUCAGGUGAGUUGGCCUACUUUGCGUUAUUUUCCUUUCAACCAUAACCUGUGUUUGAUUUACAGUGCGUUACCUAUCUCAUGAAAUGUGUCGAAAUUUACGAAUGAUUGCCAAUCACUCGCAAACCGACACCAUUUCAUGAGUCCAAUGUCCAUUUUAAUUAAGUACAAGUUUUAAUGAACUAAAAGCAUAAAAGAAAUAUUAAUGGCAGUGUUGCGUUGUUUUAAAAUGCCGAAUUUUUUAGAACAGCGCGAUAUUUUGAAAAUGUCAGAGAUGGCUCUAAUUAAGUUAACUUCGUUUUCAGAUAGAUAGAAUGUAUUCUCAUACCAAAAACGUAGUAAAUACGAAAGAAGAAAUACAAUAACUACUAAUAAUUAUGUUUCUGUGAAGGUCACAUCUAAAUAACGUUUAAUAAUUAGUGUGAUUUCAUAUAUGACGGUUUGUCAACUGCCUACAUUCUGAGUGUAGAGUUCAAAAUAGUUUUCUAGGGAUUCCUGGUAUUCUUGACUCGUUUGGGUUAAAUGACUUGGAGUUCAACAAGAGAAACUGGAAUUUGCUCGAUUUCACCGAUGAACAAGUCGUAGGAAAAAAAGGUUUCCUAAGGUGACAUGCAGUCAGGCCGAUUAGUGCCAAAUAAAUUUAAAUAGGACUGACAGGUGUAAUCGUAAACAUGUGAUUUUGUGUUUAUAGCGAGAACUUUUCUUCCGUUAAAUUAAUUUACACAUUUCGUUCGCCUUGGAUUACUAUGAGUUUCAGAUCGGCCUCGAAAGGUUGCUGAAUACUUCGUGAUUUACAGUGUUUUCACCCAAUCGUCCAUAAAGACAGAUUUUGAAUUACCUGUCUGCUAAGAACUGUAAAAUAAGAUUAUUCUUGAAGGCAUUUACCGAAUUAGUGAGUGUUCGACCGCUCCUUUCCACAAAAAUGGUCGUUUGGGUCACAUGUGUAGACCCACUCAAACAUCAAACUUCAUUUUCAAGAAAAGUGGCUGUUAUUUUCCUUUCAACCAUAAACAGUGUUUGAUUUACAGUGCGUUACCUAUCUCAUGAAAUGUGUCGAAAUUUGCGAAUGAUAGCCAAUCACUCGCAAACCGACACCAUUUCAUAAGUCAAAUGUCUAUGUCAAGUAAGUACAAGUAAAAAAUAAUUAAAAGUAUAAAAGAAAUAUUAAAAACAGUUUUGCGUUGUUUAGAAAUGCCGACUUUUUGAAAAGCGCAAUAUUCCAAAAACGUCAGAAAUGGCUCCAUUUUAGUAAACUUCGUUUUCAGAUGUCUAGAAUGUAUUCUCAUACAAAAAACGUAGUAAAUAUGAAAGCAAAAAUACAAUAACGUCUAAUAAUAGUGUUUUGAUGAAGUUGACAUCUAAUUAUCGUUAAAUAAUUAGUUUGAUUUCAUGUAUGACGGUUUGUCAACUGCCUACAUUCUGAGUGUAGAUUCCAAAACAGUUUUCCAGGGAUUCAUGGUAUUCUUGACUCGUUUGAAUUAAAUGAGGUGGGUUAGACAAGAGAAACCGGAUUUUGCUCGAUUUCACCGGUUGGAACUUCGAAAAAACAAAAGACUUCAUAAGGUGACAUGCUAUCAGGCCGAUCGUUGCCUAAUAAAUUUUAAUAGAACUGACAGUUGUGAUAGUAAACAUACCACUUUGUGUUUAUAAAAAGGACUUUUCUUCCGUUAAAUUAACUUACACACUUCUUUUGGAUUACGCUGAGUUUCAGAUCGGCCUCGAAAUGUUGCUAAAUACUUCAAGAUUUUCAGUGUUUCCUCCCGAUGGUCCAUAAAAAAAUGUUCUGAAUUUCCUGUCUGUAUAGAACUUUAAAAUAAGAUUAUUCUUUAAAGGAUAUAUUGAAUUAGUGAGCCUUCGGACGCUCCUUUUCACGAAGAUGGUCGUUUGGGUCACAUCUGAAGACACAUUCAAACAUCAAACUUCAGUUUCGCAAAAAUGGCUGUCCACAACGAAAGUCAACAACGAAUAUGCCUUCUAUCAUUAAGAAAAAUUUCUUUAAUAAGGUAUCUCAUUAAGAAGGGCUUUAUUACUGCACUCGGGUUACGGAUCUCUGAGUACUUUGUAUUUUUGCACUGCGAGACCCAGUAAAACUCUGACACUUUUGGCCAUUUAUUUCGCGUUCCUAAACAAUACUAAUAGUUUUCUAUCGUAAACGUGAGAACAUGCGCUUCACUAUGCACUGAGGCCAUUUCCACUGUCUUUGCUCGCUUUUAGACUCCGCUCAUCGAUUAUGAAUGCACGGCAGAACGCCCAUAUAGAUACUGAUAUUUUGUUGAAACUUUUAAUGUUUUGCUCGUUCUAUUUCUUAAUAAGGUAAGCACAGAAACUGAACGGGAAGUGGUUUAUUGGAAAUUCGACGUUUUGAGUAGUUGAUUCGUCUACCCAUCUUUAGAGACCGAUAAGUCCUGCACACAGCUUCCCUUAUAUGGCGCGCUGUGUUCAGUGCGUGAGCCGCCAAUGCCGCCUGUGUGGCUGCAUCCAACCCGCAUGUCACCGUGACCUGAAUCGCCCCCGUCGGCCGCGGUGAUGACUAACGGCCCCGAUUGUCCCGCGCCGUGACUGUCCCCCGCUAAGAAGGUUCGUAAAGUCAGAUAGGGGGAGGCAAAUUGAUGUGGCGGUUGACAGAGCGGUCGGUGGACAUCCAGGCUUCUUGCACUUGCCUUGCUGUGUGAUCGCUGCCCCGACCCACAAUCUCAACGGCGUCAAAGUUGAAGAUGAGUCCCAUGUGCGCGGCAUGGGUUGCUACCUCCGACUUUGGGUCCAACCUUAGCACGGCCAACUUAUGCUCGUGCAUUAGCGUUUGCGGCCGUCGGCCGGUUUCCCCAACGUAGUUGCAACUUCCGCAGCUGCAUUGAAGUUGGUAGACAACGGCUGACAUCUCCUGCUUAGGGAUCGGAUCUUUCGGCCGCAUUACUUGCCGGCGGAUUGUUGAGUCAGGCCUGUGGGCAACACCUGUUCCGAGUGGCGCGAGGGAUCUAGCCACAGCUUCGGAGACCCCUUUAGUGUACGGCAUGCUCCGUCCUGAGUUUGACUGACUAUGCUCUUCAUUCCGUUUCUGUGGCUGCCUUCGGCUGCGUUCAGUUAGAAGCUUUAUCUCUUCAGAGCCAACGGCUAUCCGCGUGCAUUCAUUGAACGGAGCCGAAGGCAGCCAAAGAAACGGAACGAAGAGCAUAGUCAGUCAAACUCGUGGCGGUAGCAACCAUGCCGCGCAAAUGGGACAUAUCUUCAACUUUGACGCCGUUGAGAUUAUGAGCCGGGGCGGUGAUCACACAGCAAGGCAAGUGCAAGAAGCCUGGACGUCCACUGACUGCUCUGUCAACCGCCACAUCAAUUUGCCUCCCCCUAUCUGACUUUACGAACCUUCUUAGCGGGGGACAGUCACGGCGCGGGACAAUCGGGGCCGUUAGUCAUCAUCGCGGCCGACGGGGGCGAUUCAGGUCACGGUGACAUGCGGGUUGGAUGCAGCCACACAGGCGGCAUUGGCGGCUCACGCACUAAACACAGCGCGCCAUAUAAGGGAAGCUGUGUGCAGGACUUAUCGGUCUCUAAAGAUGGGUAGACGAAUCAACUACUCAAAACGUCGAAUCUCCAAUAAACCACUUCCAGUUCAGUUUCUGUGCUUACCUUAUUAAGAAAUAGAACGAGCAAAACAUUAAAAGUUUCAACAAAAUAUCAGUAUCUAUAUGGGCGUUCUGCCGUGCAUUCAUAAUCGAUGAGCGGAGUCUAAAAGCGAGCAAAGACAGUGGAAAUGGCCUCAGUGCAUAGUGAAGCGCAUGUUCUCACGUUUACGAUAGAAAACUAUUAGUAUUGUUUAGGAACGCGAAAGAAACGGCCAAAAGUGUCAGAGUUUUACUGGGUCUCGCAGUGCAAAAAUACAAAGUACUCCGAGAUCCGUAACCCGAGUGCAGUAAUGAAGCACUUAUUAAAGAGGAAACGUACUGUAGGGGGUCACGCACUAUUAUAGCUUUCUUGUGUAAUUACUUAUUCUACGUAUGUGUUUGAUUAUGUGUGCGAAAUUGUUGGGUGCGCUUAACCAACCCAGAGAAUAUCUCGGAAUCCGACAGGUGUCAUUGGGGAAGCACACUCCUAUCAAAUGCCAACAGUGGGGUAUGUUAGUAAGUCCAGUUGCCGACUCACUCUGCACUAAUUGAGAUCCGAACUGUCCACCAUUCUCGUUAUGCAAAGACCUGACCAGAGUACGUUUUGGACCAGCGGAUGCAGUGAAACGCCUAAAUGCGUGAGUUUAUCCUGCCAGCCACCUGCACCCUCUCCCGCCUCUGACCAUCUUAACUAUGCCAUCACAUCGCGCCCAGGUGGGGAAGAAAGAAAAAAAGAGUGUGACAAGUGCUGCGCAAGUCGGCCACCAGUCUAAGCGAAUUCACCCGCAAGUCACCGUCCCAACUCGCACCCUGCUAUGAGUCACACAGUGGACAUAGACUGUAACGACGGUCGAACUGUCGUAUGGCAUCGACUCCGUCCUAAUGUGACUCCCCAUGGUAGCCCCCCGCUCAGUUGAGAUCUCAGCCGUCUCUUUUAUGGUUAUGUAAAAUGGUGGUUCAGCCUGCGUGGACCAGGCGUGUUUGACAUGUGCUGACGGGCCGUUUAAACUUGUCGGCCAAGCCCACCUGCGAUCUUUUCCCACUUAAGUCAGGUGGGUGAUGAAAGGGGAGUUUGGUAGGCGUGGUGCAAGUGUGCUAUUACUAAACACUUAUUCGCAUGCAAGUGGCCAUCUGGUGUACACGGUAACGGCAUCUGACAAAUGAUGGACGUCAUCUGUAACGAUGGCCAAACUUCUAUGUGAUUGGAAUUGGUGGGUUGUUCCAUGAGCCUGGUUCAUCGCUCAGUCCUUUGCUGGUGACACCCAGUUCUCCCUUCUGCGGCUUUUCGAAGAUCUGCUGCGCGCGGUAACCACACGCUGGGAACCUCUUUAACUAGUUGGGUUAACCCAACUGUGGCUUUUGUGUCUCGACACUCCGGUCGUCCCACUCUCAACCCCGUCCUUCCUUACCUCUCUCAAAACAGCAUGUCCUACGACACGAGAACAAUAGCGCUCCUGCAGGUAUCUGUGUAUUCGUGUCUAUCUUUUCGGGCCAAUGCAGGUGGCCUUCUUGACUUCCGGCUUGCCGUCUCCUUCAGAAUUUUGCGUUGGAUUUUUCAGAGUCAGGCUCUAGGCCUGCGGUUAAGGGUUAGGGUUUCGGUCAAAGGUUUUGAGUUAGAGGGUUAUGGUUAGGGGUUGUAGUUAAGGGUUAGGGUUAUGGGUUAGGCAUUAGGGCUGGGGUAAUUACCUCCCAAUAGCUUUUCUCUUGCAUACAGUAACUCAACCUCGUUGCCUGUGCAUUCCCCGUCCCCACCUGUAAAAACCCCUAUUACCACGGGUCCCGUGUUGCAGGUGGCUGAGUUUGUUUCCCUCAGGUGCGGCUACAUAACCACAUCUGACCUGUUUCACUACCGACAGAAAGGAAGAGCAGCUGCGAUCGUCAGCGAACUGGCGCAAAGUUCUCUUAUUAGGUCAACUGGGGAAAAUAUAUACACGAUACACUUUUCUCUGGAGUCGAUGGAGAGUGAAGGUAUUUCAUCCGCUACCCGCAUAUUUGGUAUGAUGAAAGGCCUACACGUCAAUAAGUAUGGUUAUGCAAUGCCAGUUGAAAAGGGGCUCUUAUGCACGUGUGUAGAGAAGAAGCUUCUAUUUAGGUAUCAUUUGCUCCCCCCUGACAUCAGUAGUUAGACUUCCAGAACAUGGCUUCAUCGCCUUCUUGAGAAAGACGUAGGCGGUAAUCCAAACUCCUCCACCCGAGUCCUUGAGGGAAGGCAUGAUCAGGAUCUGCAUACUCAACCUGUCAUUAUGGCAAGGCGCGCACUCUCGGACCAGCAGAUAAAUCGAUGGCGUCGUCAUCACAACUAUGCUCGGCACUGUGUGCGUGUAUGUCUCCUCCGCCUCUCACCGCUCGCUGAAUCACGGCAAAAGGGUUCGAUACUGAAUACCCUCCGCCGAAACAAAUAACGCCGCUGGACUCGAAAUUUGCAUUUUCGGGUCGGAUCUUAUCUCGUAGUCGUACCCGCAGUAGACAAGCCCCUGCGUAACUCCAACCCCUCACCUUAAGCAAUAACCCCUAACCCCAGUCCUCAACCCCAACCCAUAACAACUAACCCUAACCCAUAACCCUAACCCCUAACAGGUACGACUGCGAAAUAUGAACUUGACCAUUUUCGUGAAGUGCUAUAGAGCGUGGUGUGGAGCGAUAAUCAAGGGAGACAUGAUAAUGACCAAAAUAGUUCUUAGUUCUUUCUUCGCCAUGGCCACGGUGUUGUAUGGAUGAGCGGUGUGUAAGUCAUCAAGCCCGUCCUCUAUCGAUAAGGACUUUGGUUGGCAACAUAGGAAGAAUGUGCACUAGAACUGACGUCUAACCGAAAUAUCUUCAAGUGAGUUUUGAGUGACUCCAAUGCGACACAGAACUGGAAGUCAAUACGUCCGUGUUUGCUGACUGGGAUCAGUGACCAUCACCUGGUUCUUUUCAUCUUCGUCAAACAUUCUUCCAAAUAAACUGAUGACUGCAGCGGUUCGGGUCACCCGCUACAGUAUUGCGAGCGCACAACAACCGUUAAAUAACAGACUACUCAACAAACCACCCUGCUGUUAAUUAAUAUGCCUUUUUAUGACUAGACAUCGACGAGGAGCAGCAAAUCUAUGGCGGGAUAGUUCAACAGGACUUCAUCGAUCAUUAUGACAACAAUACUUACAAAGCCAUCAUGGGCUUUAAAUGGGCCAGUACGUACUGUCCACAAGCCAACUUUGUGGUCUCUCUGGACGAUGACUACUACGCGAAUCCCCGACUGCUCUCUCAGCUGCUGGAACGUAGACGCCGGUUGUUGGCUGGGCAACCAUACCAGUUGCUGGGACACGUGUACGAGAAGGGAUCACCCCAUCGGGCUUGGUUCUCCAAGUGGUACGUCUCGCUGGCUGACUACCCCUGGAGUCACUGGCCACCCUACCCUGCCGCGGGUGCCUACGUCACUUCAAUGCAACUCAUCCAUCUGAUGGCUCUGGAGGCCGACCAUGUGGCCUAUCUGCGUUUCGACGAUGUCUUUGUAGGCUUCCUCGCACUGAAGUUGAAUGUCCAGCCGGAACACGAGGAUCGCUUCAUGCUGUCCGCCAGGACAUGUCGGAUUAAGUAAGUUCUACACCAUGAUAUUUGCAUUCAAAUUGCCACUUCAGAUUGUUGAUGCGUGCCUCUUCCUCAUCGUUUUUUCUCGGUGCAAGGCAAGGCUCCCGUUGUCUUCUAGAGAGCUUAUGAUAUUAGUUCAUGCUUUGCUGUGAUUUGUUAAUCUCAUGAAAUCGUUCUUUCCGUCCGGUAACUAUUGGUCCAACUCGUGUUCAUAUCCUCUAUCCCGUCUUCCCAUUCUAGGCUUGACAGCGCAAUCGCAUGCCACACAAUGGGAAAUCCCAGGAUGGUUCUGUGGCUAUGGGAGCACCGGAUGGGCCUUCACCGCAGCCUUCCUUGA